AUGGAUUGUAUCUGUGGCUUGCUUCCCUGUGUGUGUUCUGAUGAACUUGCAGAUUCUGGAAGCCCUGAAUAUAUUGACGGUCCUGCUGCACCCAGCUGGCUACAACCUCGAGGAGCUCGGGUAGUUCGAUGGAUUGAAACCCCCAAUGCACCUAACUGCCCUAUUCGACGAACCUCGCUUACUUUUGAACAGAUCAUGCGCGUAGAUCCUAUAUUUACUCGAGAUGAUGGUGUUUAUCCACAGGGCGUGGAGCGAUUCCUCUGCAUCCCGGAGGACCGCGAGUGGCCCCCACAUAACUAUACAGCUUUGACCUUACGAUACGAUGGCUUUCUCUGUAUGGGACAUGUCCAAGCUGGUAACGGUCAUCUGGUUAUUGACAAUAUACAUCGUGCGCGUGACAGCCGCGUCCGCAUGUCCGAGGUUGUGGUGGCCCUUUACAAUAGUGUGUCACCCAUUGAGAACCUGCGACAUGUUUCUGUUUCAUUCGUUAUCGAGGAACAGACUUGUAAUUUUAUCACUAAGGAUCUGUACAGUGCAUGGCCAACCCAGGAGACUCGAACCUGGCAACAUGGCACUCCAGAAUACUUUCAACUUAUGGGCACUCGUAUUGGACGAACCGUAGCCUACAUUGUUCUGAGUGGCCUUCAGCGCGGAUCUCGUCGGAUUUCCCGUGUAAAGGUUUAUAGUUGUGGCGAUGGAGAUGAUACUGUGAAUCUUCGGUUCGAUAUCGAGCCUCUUAACUAG